AUGGAGGUUCCCGAUGAAGAUACGAUAAGAAUUCUCAUCACAACGGAUAACCAUGUUGGGUACAAUGAGAAUGAUCCCAUUACGGGAGACGACUCAUGGAAGACAUUCCACGAGAUCAUGAUGCUCUCUAAGGCCUAUAAUGUCGACAUGGUCCUCCAAUCUGGGGACUUGUUUCAUUUGAAUAAGCCGACCAAGAAAUCGAUGUAUCACGUCCUGAAAACUUUGAGGUUGGCUUGCAUGGGGGAUAAACCUUGCGAGUUGGAGCUAUUAAGCGACCCCGCAGAAGUAUUCACCUCAAACGAGUUUACUAAUGUCAAUUACGAGGACCCAAAUUACAACAUAUCCGUUCCUAUGUUUGCCAUUGCUGGGAACCAUGACGACGCGACGGGCGAUUCUUUAUUGUGCCCGUUGGACUUAUUGCAUGUUAGUGGUCUUGUUAAUCAUUUCGGUAAAGUUUUGGAAACCGACAAGAUCAAUCUCGUACCGUUGCUGUUCCAGAAGGGGAACACCAAGUUAGCAUUAUAUGGCCUUGCAUCAAUCAGAGAGGAAAGACUGUUCAGAACUUUCAAAGAGGGUGCCGUUACAUUCGAGGUACCAACAAUACGCAAUGGUGAAUGGUUUAAUUUGAUGUUAGUGCAUCAAAACCACACUGGCCACACCAACACUGCAUUUUUACCGGAACAGUUCUUACCGGAUUUCUUAGAUAUGGUUAUUUGGGGCCACGAACAUGAAUGCAUUCCAAAUAUGGUAUACAAUCCAACAAAAGAGUUUAAUGUAUUACAACCAGGAUCUUCUGUGGCCACUUCGCUAUGUGAUGCAGAAGCCAAGCCAAAGUAUGCAUUUAUUAUGGAGAUCAACUACAAAAACAAGCAACCUAAAUUGACUCCAAUCCCAUUAAACACAAUCAGAACGUUCAAAAUGAAGAACAUUGCAUUGAAGGAUGUACCAGACUUAAACCCACACGACAAAGAAGCCAUUUCCAAAUAUUUGGUGGAGCAAGUGGAGCAAAUGAUCGAGGAAGCUAACCAGGAAACCAGACAGAAACUAGGGAUAGCUGAGAACUCUGACGAGGAGAAUCAAGAACUUGAUGAAUCCGCCGAUCCCCUGGCGUGCCUAUCAGUUCCCCUCAUUAGAUUACGAGUCGAUUACAGUGCUUCAAUUGCGAACAAUAUCAACAACAUAGACUAUCAAGUGGAAAACCCAAGAAGGUUUAGCAAUAGGUUUGUUGGGAGAGUUGCGAAUGCUAACAAUGUGAUUCAGUUUUACAAAAGUAAGAGACAACAGUCUGAUGGAGCGUCUAAGAAAUCUCAAUUGAGCCACGACAACAUGGAACUACAAAAAUUAAUCGAUAAUAGUAGCACUGGUGAGUUGGGGAUUGAGACUCUCGUGGCCGACCUUCUACACAAGAUGCAGUUAUCCCUAUUACCUGAAGUUGGUUUGAACGAGGCCGUCAAGAAGUUCGUUGAUAAGGAUGAAAAGGGCGCGCUAAAAGAAUUCAUUGAAAAGGAACUAGACGCUGAAGUGAAAAUGCUAGCCUGCAGUGACGAUUUUUUGAAUGCACAGAAUCCAAGCGACAUGAAACUUUUGAUUAAGGAGGUGAAACGUGCAAAUUCCUUGCGUCCAUCGUCGUCCUCUACUCCUAUUGAGCAGGAAGACAUAGACUUCCAGAGUCGUACCUCACAUUCAGUAAAGUCCAAAGACGUAUCAAAAACAUUCUCGCAUCAGAUCCCUACAAAAGCCGAACAGAAACACGCUCUGCACAAAAACAAGACAACAACUGCUUCUAAGGACGAUGCAGAAAUACUGAGCAGCAAUGAUGCAAAUAACGACAUCAUAGCGCUGAGUAGCGAGGAAGAUGAUGACGAGGAGUACAAAGAGAAUGCCACACCAACCGCCAACACGCGUCAUUACUUGCGGCACCCCGCGGGGGACAACCCGAUUGGGACCAAGAGGAAACGGUCCGCCCGUAGCACGAAGACCACUAAAACGGCGAGCUCACGGCCCCGGGGCACUCAAACCCCGAAGACGGACAUCCUAGAAGGUUUUUUAGCAAGAAAGAGAAAGUGA